AUGGGAAAGUUGAUUUCCUUUCGCCCGCUAUUUUUCCUUUCCUGUCAAUUCUUUGGAUGCCAUACUUGUUUUCUCUUUUCGUCGUUUUCUCAUUCCUCUCACAUCAUGUCUUUCCUUGUCCAACUUUUAUUCAACUUUGGACCUGCAACUCUCGUAUAUUGUCUUACUUUUUUAUUGCACGUUUUAUUGAAAGGAAUCUCAGUUCUUUCGCUCUCAUAUUCCUUCUUUCUUUUGUUCUUUCUUUCAAUUCGUUCAUUCUUUAUUUCACUUCUAAGUUGCGUAAAAUUUCCUUUCAUUCUUUCUUUCAUUCUUUCUUUCUUUCAUUCUUUCUGUCUUUCUUUUCUUCUUUCUUUUGUGUUUUUUAUGCGAUACUAUGUCUUUUGGGGUAUUUUCUUCUUACACCACUCAUUCUUUCAUUAUUUCUUUAUUAUUUUCUUUUUCUUUCCUUCGUUCAUCCUUUCUUUAACUCCUAAGGUCCAAACAUACCUUCUCUUUCUUUUUUCUUUCUUUCUUUCUUUCUUUCUUUCUUUCUUUCUUUCUUUAACUGUUCAAUUUUUUCUCCUUUCUUUCGUUCUUUUUCAUUCUUUAUUUAACCGUUCUAUUUUCUUUCUGUUUUCUUUCCUUUCUUUCUUUCUUUCCUUUCUUUCUUUCUUUCUUUCUUUCUUUCUUUCUUUAACUAUUUUAUUUUUCUUUCUUUCGUUCUUUCUUUCUUUAACUCUUUUAUUUUUUCUUCUAUUUUUCCUUCUUUCUUUCUUUGUUCAAUCUUUCUUUAACUUUUUAUUUUUCCUUCUAUUCUUUCUUUCUUUAACUGUUCUAUUUUUUCUCCUUUCUUUCUUUCUUUUUCAUUCUUUAUUUAACCGUUCCAUUUUCUUUCUGUUUUCUUUCCUUUUUUCUUUCUAUUCUUUCUUUCCUUUCUUUCUUUCUUUCUUUCUUUCUUUCUUUAAGUAUUUUCUUUUUCUUUCUUUCGUUCUUUCUUUCUUUAACUCUUCUAUUUUUUCUUCUAUUUUUCCUUCUUUCUUUCUUUUUUUAUUUUUUUCUUUUUCUUUCUUUAACUGUUCUAUUUUUCUCCUUUCUUUCUUUUUUCAUUCUUUAUUUAACCGUUCCAUUUUCUUUCUGUUUUCUUUCCUUUUUCUUUAUAUUCUUUCUUUCCUUUUCUUUCUUUCUUUCUUUUCUUUCUUUCUUUCUUUCUUUAAUUCCAUUUUCUUUCUGUUUUCUUUUCUUUCCUUUUUCUUCCUUUCUUUCUUUCUUUCUUUCUUUCUUUCUUUAACUAUUUUCUUUUUCUUUCUUUUCUUCCAUUUUCUUUCUGUUUUCUUUCUUUUUUCUUUCUUUUUUUCUUUCUUUCUUUCUUUCUUUCUUUCUUUAACUAUUUUAUUUUUCUUUCUUUCGUUCUUUCUUUCUUUAACUCUUCUAUUACUUCUUCUAUUUUUUCCUUCUUUCUUUCUUUGUUCAAUCUUUCUUUUUUCUAUUUUCUUUCUGUUUUUUUUUUUUCUUUUCUUUUCUUUCUUUCUUCAACAGUUUUAUUUUUUUCUAUUCUUUCUUUCUUUCUUUAACUUAUUUUCUUUUCUUUCUUUCGUUCUUUCUUUUUCUUUAUUUUUUCUUCUAUUUUUCCUUCUUUCUUUGUUCAAUCUUUCUUUUUUAACUCUUUAUUUUCUUUCUGUUUUUCUUUUCUUUUCUUUUUCUUUCUUUCUUUCUUUCUUUCUUUCUUUUUUUAACAUUUUAUUUUUCCUUCUAUUCUUUCUUUCUUUAACUGUUCUAUUUUUUCUCCUUUUUUUCUUUCUUUUUUCAUUCUUUUAUUUAACUGUUCCAUUUUCUUUUGUUUUCUUUCCUUUCUUUUUUUUCUUUCUUUUUUCUUUUUUCUUUCUUUAUCUAUUUUCUUUUCUUUCUUUCGUUCUUUCUUUCUUUAACUCUUCUAUUUUUUCUUCUAUUUUUCCUUCUUUCCUUGUUCAAUCUUUCUUUAACUCUUCUAUUUUCUUUCUGUUUUUUCUUUUCUUUUCUUUUCUUUCUUUCUUUCUUUCUUUCUUUCUUUCUUUAACAGUUUUAUUUUUCCUUCUAUUCUUUCUUUCUUUCUUUAACUGUUCUAUUUUUCUCCUUUCUUUCUUUCUUUUUUUUCAUUCUUUAUUUAACCGUUCCAUUUUCUUUCUGUUUUCUUUCCUUUCUUUCUUUCUUUCUUUCUUUCUUUCUUUCUUUCUUUCUUUCUUUCUUUCUUUAACUAUUUUCUUUUUCUUUCUUUCUUCUAUUGAACAUGGCUCCUUCUUGUCUUUUAUUACAUCUUUCUUUCUUCAUUUCUUUCUUUCAUUCUUUCUUUAUUUCAUUUUUCUUUCGAUUGUUUUUCAUUUUUUCUUAGUUUCUUUCAUAUUUUUCUUUCAUUUUUCUUUCAAUCUUUCUUUCUUUCAAUUUUCUUUCUUUAAUUCAUUUUUCUUUCAUUUUUCGUUUUUCUUUCAUUUCUUUCUUUUUUCUUCCUUUCAUUUUUCUUUCAUUGCUUCUUUCUUUCCUUUUUCUUUCUUUCGUUUUCUUUCUUUUAUUUUUUCUUAA